AUGGGCCGUGUCGGGCCUUCGGGUGCCGGACUGGGGCCGAGCCGCGGUGCCCCGGCAGAGUUUGAAGACCCGGAGCCGGCCAGAUUCCCUCCCCGAGUCCCGCAGCCCGGCGGCCCCUCCUGCUUCCCCGGGCGCCGGAGGAGAAGGGGAGAGGGCCCUGCCGCCCGCAGCAGCCCUGCCCAGUGGUGCCCAGGAGGGGCGCUGCUUUCCCCGAGGCCUGGAGACGAGAAGCGCUUUGCCCGCGGCGGGGUGGGCAGCGAGGUGUCGCAGGAGAGCCUGCUGCUGCAUGGGCCCUUCGCCCGCAAGCCCAAGCGCAUCCGCACCGCCUUCUCGCCCUCGCAGCUCCUGCGCCUGGAGCGCGCCUUCGAGAAGAACCACUACGUGGUGGGCGCCGAGCGCAAGCAGCUGGCCGGAAGCCUCAGCCUCUCCGAGACGCAGGUGAAGGUCUGGUUCCAGAACAGGAGGACCAAAUACAAGAGGCAGAAGUUGGAGGAGGAAGGCCCUGAGUCGGACCAGAAAAAGAAGGGCUCCCACCACAUCAACCGGUGGCGGAUUGCCACCAAGCAGUCCAGCGGAGAAGACAUCGACGUCACGUCUAAUGACUAGCCGGCAGCGGGAGGUGGCUGA